AUGGGAAAUGCAUGUCUUUCCUGCUUAACAGGUCGAUCGAGGGAUAGCCUCUACGAGCCAAUCAUCGCCGACAGUGAACGCGAAGCUGUAGCUGACCUCUUACAGUAUCUGGAAAACCGGAAUGAGACUGACUUCUUCACCGGGGAGCCGCUUCGAGCGCUCAGCACCCUUGUAUAUUCUGAUAAUGUCGACCUUCAGCGGAGUGCCAGUCUCACCUUUGCUGAGAUAACAGAAAGAGAUGUCCGCGAGGUCGACCGGGAUACCCUAGAGCCGAUACUAUUCCUGCUCGAGAGCCCUGAUAUCGAAGUGCAGCGGGCUGCCAGUGCUGCUCUAGGGAACCUUGCCGUCAACACCGAAAACAAAGUGUCGAUAGUUCUUCUCGGAGGCCUGGCUCCUCUUAUCCGGCAGAUGAUGUCCACCAACGUCGAGGUGCAGUGCAAUGCCGUAGGCUGCAUCACCAAUCUGGCUACCCAUGAGGAAAACAAGGCGAAGAUUGCUGGGUCUGGAGCUCUGGGCCCGCUCACUCGACUUGCUAGGUCCAAGGAUAUGCGUGUCCAGAGGAAUGCGACUGGAGCUUUGCUCAACAUGACGCAUUCGGACGAAAAUAGACAGCAGCUUGUCCUUGCCGGCGCGAUACCGAUCCUGGUCCAGCUGCUUACGUCGCCAGACGUCGAUGUCCAGUACUACUGCACCACAGCUCUGAGCAAUAUCGCGGUUGACGCUCUAAAUCGUAAGAAGCUUGCGCAGACCGAGUCGCGGCUUGUCCAGUCUCUUGUCCAGCUCAUGGACUCGUCCACACCCAAGGUACAAUGUCAAGCAGCGCUCGCGCUUCGAAACCUAGCUUCAGACGAUAAGUAUCAGCUGGAGAUCGUUCGUGCCAGAGGGCUCCCACCUCUUCUUCGGUUGCUGCAAUCAUCAUACCUCCCGUUAAUUCUCUCCGCGGUAGCGUGCAUCCGAAACAUAUCCAUACACCCAAACAACGAGUCGCCAAUCAUCGACGCCGGUUUCCUCAAACCACUGGUCGACCUCCUUGGCUCUAUCGACAACGAAGAGAUCCAGUGCCACGCCAUAUCCACGCUGCGCAACCUCGCAGCUAGCUCGGAUAGGAAUAAGGAGUUGGUGCUGGAAGCUGGCGCUGUGCAGAAAUGCAAGGAACUCGUUCUACAGGUACCACUGACGGUGCAGUCAGAAAUGACUGCUGCCAUCGCUGUUUUGGCGCUUAGUGAUGAUCUAAAGAGUCGUCUCUUGAAGCUUGGAGUCUUUGACGUGCUGAUCCCCCUAACUGCUUCUGAGAGCAUCGAGGUUCAAGGCAACAGUGCCGCUGCCUUGGGCAACCUGUCAUCAAAAGUUGGCGACUACUCUAUAUUCGUUCGAGACUGGACCGAACCAAACGGCGGCCUUCACGGUUAUUUAAGCCGCUUCCUAGCCAGUGGCGACCCCACAUUCCAACAUAUCGCUAUUUGGACGCUCCUCCAACUGAUCGAGUCUGAAGACAAGCGACUAAUCGGCUUUAUUACCCGGUCAGAAGAUAUAACACAGCUAGUCCGGGCGAUCGCAAACAAGAGCCUUGAAUCAGACGACGAGGGAGAAGAUGGCGAAGAAGGAACCGCUGAAGUCAUCGCUCUUGCGCAGCGAUCUCUCGAACUACUCGGUUUUGACUCUAAGCAUAGCUGA